AUGGUAGACUGCAAUAUGAAAAGUGGAAUGGAGGUUUACUCAUCGGAGUUCGUUAGUGAUGAUUGUUUGGCUGAUGAUAGGUUGGGAGUAGAAACUGAGAUUUUGGUUCCGAAGGUUGGUAUGAAAUUUGACAGUGAAAAGGAGUUAUUUGAAUUCUACAAGAAGUAUGCUUACGAAAUAGGGUUCCCUGUUAGAAAAAGAAACUCUAAGAAGGGUGAUGAUAGGGUUGUUCGAUACGUGAGCUUUACUUGUAGUCGAGAAGGUCGACGGAAGACUAAUAGAAGUACUUCUUUGAAUCCUCCGCCAACAAUUGAAAUAGGGUGCAGAGCUAGGUUGACAGUGUGUUCUGAUGCUCGUGGAAUAUGGCGAAUAAACGUUGUGCAGUUAGAACACAACCAUAAGACAAGCCCAUCUAAAUCUAGGUUAUAUCGAUGCAAUCGAGAACUUAGUGCACACGUUAAAAGACGGCUUGAGGUCAAUGACAUAGCAAGGAUCCCAUUGCAUAAAAGCUAUAACUCAACUGUAGUGGAGGCAGGUGGAUUCGAGAACAUGACUUGUGUUGAGAAAGACUGUAGGAAUUUCAUUGAUAAAGUACGGCGUUUAAGACUUCGUGAAGGAUAUGCUGCUGCAUUACAGAAUGGAAAAGCAAUUUCAAGAAGUUUAUACAAUCUCGAAAUUCAAGGAGUUUCAAAAAGAAUUCACCUGAAAGGUUUACUGUGA